AUGGCGAUGCUCUCUCGCCACCAUCAAUUUAGCACCGACUCCGGGGACGGUGCCAUUCAAUCGGAAAUAUGCGGCCCCUCGUUCCUCCACUACGCCGAACGAAUCGACGACGGCGAUACGGUGAUCGUCUACGUGUCCUUCGACAGCUUGUAUCCGGUCGUUGUCAAGCGUGGCCAGACGGUCAGUAUGCGAUACGGUGCCCUACGUCACGAAUUCAUCAUCGGGAAGCCAUGGGGCAGUCGAGUGUCCGCCACGGCUGGAUACGUCUGGCUGCUCCGCCCGUCUUCCGAACUCUGGACGCGCUGCCUGCCGAAACGAACACAAAUCAUCUACACCCCGGAUAUCGGCAUGAUUCUGCAGAUGCUGGAUGUGAAGCCUGGAAGUGUCAUCUGCGAGUCGGGCACCGGUUCCGGAAGUCUGACGCACGCCCUCGGGAUGGCCGUCUACCCGUCAGGGCACAUCUACACGCACGACAUUGAGGAGAGCCGCAUCAGGAAGAUUGAGGAGGAAUUCAGGGAUCAUGGCCUCCACACCGUCAUCACCGCCAUGGUGCAAAACGUCUGCGAGGAGGGCUUCUUCGUCCAAAAUGCCUGCGAUGGCGUUUUCCUUGACGUGCCGGCGCCUUGGGAAGCGAUUCCCUACGCCGCGGCGGCAAUAUCGUUCAAACGUGGCGGACGUCUGGUCAGCUUUAGCCCUUGUAUUGAACAGGUCCAACGAACGUGCGCCGUGAUGCGCGCCAUGGGCUUCAUCAACGUGGAGACGGUCGAGAUUGUGAAUAGGACCUACCGUACCACCGAAUUUCACAAGCAGUCGCUGGCCGAUUUCGAGAAGAAUGGCGACAACACGACGGUGGUGGUCAAGGACCGGAAUCGCAAGCGGAAGCUCGAGCACUCGGUCUCGUCGGCCAAUUCGGACGACUCGGCGCUGUGGAAUUCGACGGUGAUCAAUGCUCAGGUAUUCCCGGCCACGCAACCAACGCACACCUCCUACAUCACGCACGCCACGAUGCUGCCCCGGCCCGAUCAGGCGGACAUGCUG